AUGACCCAAUCGUACAACGAAUACUCAUUCCCCCUCGACCCAAAUGCCCCACCCCCUCACACAUCGUCCCAAUCUAUGCGUCUUCCUCCUGGCGGGGAUUGUAUUCAGGAACAGUACGGUGGAGGGCGUCGUCCCAAGUCUCCCCCAGCGAAAUUAACUCCUACCAGGCUAAGGAGUCGGAUUAAGGCCACACAGCGCGACGUUGGUAUAGUUAAAGAGGCUGCAAUACGGCGUCAGGCAAACCCGUUCCCCCCAGACGCUCUAACCAGUCCCUCAGCACACCCAGAACCUGCACCUGUACAUCCUAUUCACGAUAACAGUGUUGUGGGAGGCAAUGCAUCGUCCACUCAGCCUCAGGGCAAUAUUCGACACCCAUCACCGUGUCUCCAUGAUCCCGAUCCUCCACGUCCUGCACCUCUACAGGAUAUGUUUUACAAUCCAAUGGAGGCACAACCCGACGGGUGGCUGCCCCAGCAACCAGAUUCCUUUGGAGUGAUGGAUGAUGCAUCGUUCAUGGCGCUACUCAUGGAGACGCAGGAACAUUUUAUGUCUUCUGAUGUCGGCCCGGAUUUCGCUAACCAGCCAUCCUCCUCCCAUGCACCCUCUCGUGAGCUUCUGGCGCCUCAGAGUGUCGCAGGAAGUUCUAGCCAAAUGCAUGCACCCUCUCGCGAGUUUAUGGCGCCUCAGAGUGUCGCAGGAAGUUCUAGCCAGAUUGCACCUAUACUUACCAAUGUCAUCCCUCCAACACCGCUGAAGGAUGCUGGCAGCAGUUACAACCUUUCUGGCCCUCCCCCUCGUCCCUCCCCACAUGGGCGUGGUGCUUCCGUCGACACCGGAAAUGUCAAUGACUUGUUUUCUGAUCCUCAGGACAGCAAAGAUGCGCCUGCCUCGACGUCAGGCCAGUCAUUUGUCACUGGACGGAAGUCUGCCGACACCAGUGCGACUCUCGAAGCUGGUUUCGUCGAGAUCGAGCAAUCGUUCCUUGAGCUCGCAGGGUCGACAUCAAUUCCUGUGCAGCAAGUCAUCAACUGGUUCUUGAAAAGUCGAGGUCGGACCACAGUCAACACUAACUUCUGGAAUAUAUAUGCUCGCAGUUACUUCAAGGAUCAUACCGAGCAAGAACUUGCACGAGUUGGCCUUCAAGUUCCUGCAGACGGAGGCUCUCCGGGUAUGUCGAUUCGGACGAAAUGCUAUGACCUCUUCAAAGAGGCCUUUCCAGACAAAUACAAAGACAUUCUCUCCGUCUACGACGAGGUGAAGAUGCUAUCCGCCUCCCCUCAAACAAUCUCUCAGCGCGGACAAGAGUUUCAAAAAUACUACCGACGGAUGUUUAGUAUUGCUGAUGGCGCUGCCGCUAAAUUCGGGUUUGAGACCGCGAUGGUCGUCUGUGGAAAAAUUGUCAAUCAAGAUGCCUCCCUCGGUCAAGUUCACACUACACCAGGCGCUGCAGAGUUCUGGAGUAUGCGAUGCCGAGCUGAUGAUGACACCAUCAUUGGUCACCUCAAAGCUCAUGUCUAUAAUAAAACCUCACUGGCAGUGGUAGAAGGUGCCUUCGACGACUUGCCCGAAGAUGAUGAUGAAGCCUCUUCCAAGGAUGCUGACGUGAUUCCUUCGACUGAAGUUGAGGGUCGCGAAGAAUCUCUCCGGUGGUUCAAGAAAGAAAUCGCAAAACGAGUCACUGAACUUGGCGGGAAGUUUGCAUCUGAUAAGAAUUUCCCUUGGAAAACGAUGCCCAGCGCCUUAGCCGCUGGCGGCCUGAACAUCGAAGGGUACCCCGCCCACAAGUGCCUCAUGCCGGGUGAAUCUCAUGGUCCGACGCCCAAAAAUAACAAGGGGAUAGGUGUAUUGACGUACAAAGAGGUUGCAGCGCUUGUUGAUGCUUACAAGGCCGGCACUAUGCGGGUGGUCAAGUCUUCCCAUACACACACGUCCUUGAUCGAAUCAAAAAAGCCGGUUAUCAUCGGGGAGGCUCCUCCAUCCACCUGGGAGCACUCAUGUGCUCGUCGCAUGUUUGCUGAUCGACAUACCGAUUAUAGUGGCCCACAGCGUGUGGAGACAAGUGUCGCACAGACCAGAGUCAAGAAGGGAAAGAACACCUCAAAAGCUCGUGAUCCCAAGCACCAAGAGCCGGUCAUGUCUCCUCGCCCUCCUGCGCGUCCAUUUAAGGUCGUUGCUAAGCCCAUUGCUAAGCCACAAACUCCCCCUCCUGCUCGUCCCUUUCAUGUUGUUGCUAAUCCAGCUGUGCCAAUAGCUCCUAAGGCUGCCAUGGAGGAGGUCAUCGAACUCACUUCAGCUUCAGACAGCUCGAAGGACACAGAGGAGCUGGACACAGAAUAUGAAGAUGAUUCACGCGGGAAGAAACGGAAAUUAAAGUCAGGACGUACUUCUCGGGCGUCCAAGAAGUGUGCUUCCUCGGAAGUUAUUGCCAUCGAACCGAAGAAGGAACGUGUGCGUUCCAAGGCAAAACCGCUGAAGCCAUCACCUUCCGAUGCCUCUCCAUUGAAGGGGGGUCCACUGUCACCGUUCACUGUGGGGUCUUCUUCACUUGACGACGAACUCUCAUCUGGCAACGAAGCUGCCCAGCCAGCUCGACCUGUAAUUCGCCUCCGGGACGGUCCUUCCACAGUGCAUGCGAAAUCCAAGGCGCCCCCGAAACCGAAACAUGUGACAAAGGAAUCCCGGGCAGUCAUGCACCACGUACACCAGAGGAUGUAUACACUCGAUUCAGAAGAGGAGGAGGAUGCUCCAGGUCGAAUGCACUCGGAGGCCACAGCAGAUGCUGGAAAAGGUGCUGCCAUGCUCGUAGACGACCCCAAGAUCGAUGCUGCAGCUCGGUCAGUGAACCCUACCCCAAUCGCACCGGCUGCUACUACAGAGGUCGAGUUUUCGCCGCAGGACAAUGUGGAAGUCACUCCCAGUGUGGCUUCACAACCUGAGAGCUCUGAGCAACCCCCACCCUCGAACGGUAUACUCCAGCCCACGUCUUCUCCUUCCAUACCUGACAAUGAGGAGAACGGCACCCCCCAAGCUCAAUUCAUCAACCGUCCAUCUUCACGUCCGGCUCCGCUUCAGAUUGAUCCUCAUAUCGAGGGGGCCAACUUGAACCACUAUGCACGUUCUCCACUGCUUCCACACAAUGUUCUCAUCCCACGCGAGGGUCCCAUCCUACGCGAGGCUCCUUUACACCGUGACAUGCACGAGCUUCCCAGUCAUCCUCGUGAGCCAUCUGUGCCAUUGCGAGAGCCUCUGCUUCAUUGUGAUCCCUCCGUGCACUCUCGUGAUCCCUCUGUGCACUCUCGUGAUCCCUCUGUGCACCCUCGCGAUCCCUCCGUGCACCCGCGUGAUCCCUCUGUGCACCCGCGUGAAUCCUCCAUGCACCCGCGUGAUCCCACCGUGCACCCUCGCGAUCCUUCUGUGCACCCUCGCGAUCCCUCCGUGCACCCUCACGAUCCCUCUGUGUACCCUCGUGAUCCCUCUAUGCACCCUCGCGAUGGACCCUCCUACCCACACGAUGUUCCUCACUAUCGUGAUGCGCACGACACACCCUAUGAUCGGAAUGGUCUCCCUCGCACCCAUCCUCAUCCUACUGGCGUCCUCAAUCCCCACGGCCUUUCACGCACCCGUAAUCCCGAAGAAGCUCGGUAUGGUCGUGCACCCAUGGGAUACAACCAUCCAGGUUAUCUUGCUCGCUACGACUCACCUGCUGAAGGAUACGACGACCACUAUGAUGACCGCAGAUAUCCAUCAGACUCCUACUAUCAAGAUGUGCGCAGUCAUGACCGGAGGUACUAUGGAGAUCCUAGUAGAUGGCCAGACCGCCGCUGA